GCAGCGUCCGUCGGUGCUGCAGAGCUGCUGCUGGAGGAUCGUUUUAAAGGGCCCGCGCGCCGCCGCCCCCUCGGCCCGCCAUGCUGCUACCCGUUCCCCUCCUGCUCGGCCUCUUCGGCCUGGCUAUCGCCGAGCCCGCCGUGUACUUCAAGGAGCAGUUUCUGGAUGGAGAUGAUUGGACUUCUCGCUGGAUCGAAUCCAAACACAAAUCAGAUUUUGGCAAAUUCGUCCUCAGUUCCGGCAAGUUCUACGGUGAUCAGGAGAAAGAUAAAGGGCUGCAGACGAGCCAGGAUGCCCGAUUUUACGCUCUGUCGGCCAGAUUCGAGCCUUUCAGCAAUAAGGGUCAGACGCUAGUGGUCCAGUUCACCGUAAAGCACGAACAGAACAUCGACUGUGGAGGCGGCUAUGUGAAGCUGUUUCCCGGUAAUCUGGACCAGAAGGACAUGCACGGAGACUCUGAGUACAACAUAAUGUUCGGCCCUGACAUCUGCGGUCCUGGCACCAAGAAGGUUCAUGUCAUUUUCAACUACAAGGGCAAGAACGUGCUGAUCAACAAGGACAUCCGGUGCAAGGAUGAUGAAUUCACUCACCUGUACACGCUGAUCGUCCGGCCUGACAACACCUACGAGGUGAAGAUCGACAACAGCCAGGUGGAGUCAGGGUCCCUGGAGGAUGAUUGGGACUUCCUUCCCCCCAAGAAGAUCAAGGACCCUGAUGCUUCCAAGCCAGAAGACUGGGACGAGCGGGCCAAGAUCGAUGACCCCACAGACUCCAAGCCUGAGGACUGGGACAAGCCUGAGCACAUCCCUGACCCCGAUGCUAAGAAGCCUGAGGACUGGGAUGAGGAGAUGGAUGGAGAGUGGGAACCCCCAGUCAUUCAGAACCCUGAGUACAAGGGCGAGUGGAAGCCACGGCAGAUUGAUAACCCUGAUUACAAGGGCACGUGGAUUCACCCAGAGAUCGACAACCCUGAGUACUCUCCUGAUGCCAACAUCUAUGCUUAUGAUAACUUUGCAGUGCUGGGCCUGGACCUCUGGCAGGUCAAGUCUGGCACCAUCUUUGACAACUUCCUCAUCACCAAUGAUGAGGCAUACGCAGAGGAGUUCGGCAAUGAGACGUGGGGCGUCACAAAGGCAGCAGAAAAGCAGAUGAAGGACAAACAGGACGAGGAGCAGAGGCUAAAGGAAGAGGAGGAAGACAAGAAGCGCAAGGAGGAGGAAGAAGCGGAGGGCAAGGAGGACGAAGACGACAAAGAUGAGGAGGAAGAGGAGGAGGAGGACAAGGAGGAAGAGGAGGAGGAAGAAGCUGCUGGCCAGGCUAAGGACGAGCUGUAGAGGCCAGGCCACCCGCCUCCAGGGCUGGACUGAGGCCUGAGCGCUCCUGCCGCAGAGCCGGCGCGCCAAAUAAUGUCUCUAUGAGACUACAGAACUUUCUUUUUUCCUAGGCGGGUUCAGAUUGGGGGUGGAUUUUGGUUUUGUUUCCCCCGCCUAAUUUUUUUCUUUUCCUUUUUUUUUUUUUUUUUUACUGGUGUUUUGUCUUCAAUUCUACAGUCCUCACCCCUGGCUCUGGUCACUGUUGAUUGACAUGUCCCUUCUGGUCCCCUUAGUUAUUCCCCUCCAACCCCAGGAACAAAAGUGUGGAGGAGAAGCCACAGGCUUGAGAUUCCAUCUGCUCUCCUUACAGCCCAGAGGUGGGGGGGGGGGGGGGGGAGGAGAAAGGGGUGGCGUGUCCGGACCCCCAGCACUGAGGAGGAAUGGGGCCUCUUCCCAUCCCCUCCUUUCCUGCCCUGCCCCCAGGACUGGGCCACUUGUGGGUGGGGUAACAGGUUCCAACUUGGCUCACACUGAGAUUGUAAGAACUACAAACAAAAUUUCUAUUAAAUUAAGUUUUGUGUCUUC